AGGUGCUAUGCCUGAGAAAGAAAAGGAUCAAUUCCCUCCCCUACAGAUUGGGCAGCGGGUGGUUGUGCUGGGAAAGCGGAAGGGCUUCGUUCGGUUCUGUGGCCCAACAGCAUUCGGGCCAGGGGAGUGGGUCGGGAUAGAGCUUGAGAAGCCAACGGGAACGCAUGACGGGGAGGCGAACGGCCAGCGAUACUUCACGUGCCCGAUGAACCAUGGCAUCUACGUCCAGCGGCAUGGCGUGCACCCGGUGAACUCAUGGCAGGCAGCAGCGUUUCAGAUCCAGAGCUUCCUGAGGGGCAGGAAGGACAGGCAGGGGGCGGACUUCAAGAGGACCUUCUUCACGUGGAACCAGAUGGAAAUGCAGGACGAGAGCGAGUACCUGAAUCAGACGGCCACGAUCAGCAGGGUCGAGCAGAUGCUCAAGGCAUACCACCCCGCAAACACUCCCAACCAGAGCCACUCGGCGGUAGCCAUGUCGAUCUCAGCUGGAGUCUCCAUCGACCCGCACACGUGGGGGCAGGAGGUGGAGGUGCAGGAGACGUACAAGGGGCCGAGGAUCGAGUUUCCUGUGACCGAGAAGAAUGUGCGCGAGGUCCUCAACCACAUCCGUACCAGGCCCCACGAACCCAUCCACCCCAAGUUCGUGAUGCAGCUCAUCGGAUCAAGCAUCGAGCUCUUCAACAAGGUCUUGAAGGACAGCGUCUUCGACAUGGACCGUCCCCUCCUGUGAGGACGGUAAGCUGGUGAUCCUCGGGGAUACGCACGGGCAGCUCGCGGA